AAGUAUUUAAAUUUAAAUCAAUAAUUCUUCAGAAGUGUCCCCGAUAUUGGACAUUUUACUUCCCUGUGCGAAUUCCUUUUCGUCAACAUGUUCAUGCGAUAAAUAUAUAAAGUUAUGGCCUCAUCAGUCAACAACUUUUGUACAAUUUGCCAUGAUGAUGGGUUAUCAAACAGAGCAGUCACAUGGUGCACAGAAUGUGAGGUUUUGUUUUGUGAAGACUGUGCAAAACCUCACAGCAAGUCAAGACUUUCUAAGAACCAUAAAACUCUGUCAUCUGAAGACUAUCAUAAGUUACCUGCAUUCAUCCAAGAAAUAAGCAGUCAGUGCAAAGACCACAAGAAGAAAUUUGAAUUGUAUUGUUCUUUCCAUGCCUGUCCCUGCUGUGUCCAAUGUGUCAGUGAUAAACACCAGAAAUGUCAAGAUCUGAAAGCCUUGUCUGACGUCCUGAAACAAGUAAAAUCAUCUGCAUCAGUUCAAAUUUUUGAAAAGGAUUUGAAGGAUUUGAAGGAAAACUUAGAUACAACCAUAAAAUACAUGAAAACCAGGAUCAAUGCCAUCAAUACCAAGAAAACUAAAGCCGUUGAUGAAAUCAAGUAUAUGAGGAAGUCGAUCAAUGAUUACUUAGACAAAUUAGAGCAGGACAUUCUUAUUGACUUAGAGUCUAAACAUUCAAAGCUCACAUUAAACAUGGCCACUCUUGUGCAGGAAAUGGAACAACGAACUAUUCAGAUUAACCAAAUGCAGAGCCAGUUUACCAAAAUGACACAAUAUGCAACAGAGCUACAGAUAUAUAUUGGUCUUAGAGAAAUUGAGAAAACUACAUCACAAACGGCGAAAUAUAUAGACGAUUUACAAAGUGGAGACAAUUUCAUUGAAAAGAAUCUCGAGGUUAUCAUUUCAUCUGGUCUUCAAUCACUUUUAUUCGAUAUCAAAUCCUUUGGAGAAAUCGCUAUCAAUACCACCUCCUCUACCCUCCAAAUAAAGGCUGGAAGAAAAGAUCAAGCCCAGCAUUUGAUUUCAAAAGUUCCGGGAUUUGAAGAAAUAAAGCCAUCCUUGUUGACCAGAUUGACGAUUCCCAAAGAUAUGAGGACUUUAAGUAUAUAUGCAUGUUGUAUAUUGUCUGAUGGUAAAUGUAUUAUACUUGAUAGCAACAAAGGACAACUACUGCUGUUCAGUAGUGGUGGGAUCUUCAUCAGAAUAGUAGUUACAUUCAAACAAGUUCCAUUUGAUGCCUGCUUUGUCAGAAAUAAUACAGUAGCUGUCACUUUAGGAACAGCCCAUCAGAUAAAACUGGUGGAUAUAGAAAAGAACAAAAUUAUUCAAACAUUCAAAAUUUCACAUGUUUGUAAUGGAGUAGCAAGUAUUGGUGAAACUUUGUUCAUCAGUGAUUGCAACCAGAUUACUAGAGUGAAUCUGAAUGACGGGUCGCAUACAUCCUUUUACGUAAAGGAAAACGUUGGGAAUAUUUCAUUAUUCCAAGGAAAUAUCUAUGGUUCAAAUUUCUCAAAAAAUAAAGUCUGUUGCUAUAAUAGUAGAGAAACUCUGUGGAUAUAUCAGCACCAGGAUAUUGACAACCCAGUAGGAAUUACAUUAGACAAAAAGGGCUUUGUUUAUAUAGCUUCUUCUAAAAAAAACAGUGUCGUGGUAGUAUCUCCACAUGGUAAAAUCUGUAAGACCAUACUAUCAGAAGAUGAUGGAAUCAAGCAUCCUUAUGGAAUAGACAUAAACAAAGAAACAGGAAUGAUGAUAGUGUCUACUAAAAUAAGUGAAGAUAGAAAUACAGAUUAUGAAACAGCUUUUGUUUAUAAGAUUUAAAAUUUGAAUUUAUGUUUUGAAUCGAAUUAUAUCUGAUAUCAAAAUCAAUUUAUCUUCUAGUGUUUGGUAGUUUUACUUGUGAUAAAAGACACUGGAAUUCCAAAGAAAAUAAAUCUUAUACUAUAAAGUUGACAGGCGGGUGGUCGGCUGACAAACACUGUCUUUGCAAUAACUUGAUUAUACUUUUACGAAAUAUUUUCGAAUUAAGAUAUGUUGUCUACAGUGAGUAAACGACGGUCAAGUCUAGUUUUAGUUUAAAGAUUUUAACUUUUGUCAUUAUUGAGUUUCAACCAUUCAUGUAGCAAAAUGUGCUUGAAAUUGAUUUUGGCCUUUCAUUUUAUACAAGAUUGUAUGUAUUUGUUUUAUG